AUGGUUCGCAGACUGUCCAGAUCGUUUGCUUUGGCCAUUCUGGCCAAUUUUGCAGGGAUUUUCGCGUCCGGCGUUAAUAUUGAGGCCUUGUUUGAGCCUUAUUUGUCCCCAGGCAGCUUGAUUGCCGAGCCCACUGACGCCAACUUCUCUUCUGUUGUUUCGCCGCGAUGGUCUGAAUGGGAUCCUCCUAAAUGGACUGGUGCCAUCAAGCCCAAAACAGUACAUGAUCUUCAGAAUAUUGUAGGUUCAAGACUUGAAUGGGAUUAG